AUGUCCCACACACGUCUUGUUUUGUCCACUUUACAAUUUGAAGCAAAGCCAAACAGUGAAGUGACACCAUUGAAUACACAUUUAUGUUCCUUACAAGACACAACACUUUGUCUUCAAAACCUUUUAACUUUACAAGUGACUCAAAUAGAAGGUGUUAAGGGUUUCAUAUCUGUAGUGUUAAAUAGAAGUGAGGGUGUUGUUUACUAUACAAAGACAUCUAUUAUAUUCCACCAAUUCAAUGGAAUUGAUCAAACCAUUACCGAAUCAUUGUCUGAUGAAAAACUCAUCCUUCACCCUUCGAUCGACUCCUUCAUCAACUACGCAUUGCACUCCUCUUUAAAUUACAUCUUUGCGGUCUUAACAAUGGAUAAGAAAUUGCACCUCUUCAUCCCACGAAUGCCGUGUUUCUCUGUCACUUUAGACUUCCUCAAAAGUCUUCCCAAGACCUUUUCAUUCACCGCCGAUUUGGAGUACUUCGCGUUUUUGUAUGACACGUCCGUUGUUGUGUUCCAUAACGUCAAUUCAAAGCAAAUGACUUCAAUGAAAUUACAUGAAGUCAACGACUUCUUCCAAGUCGCUGCAGUGUUCCAGAACUCGUCGAUAACAUUCAACGUGGAACAUGUGAAUCACAUCUUCCUCUCGAAAACCUCAUUACUCUGUAUCUGCAAAGACUCGGUGGAAAUCUUUAAUAUAGAAAACACACAAGAGAAGCCACUUAUUAGUUCCAAUAUCAAGUCAGCAACUUAUUUGUAUUCAGGAAAUUGUGGGUCGAUGAUGGUUCUUGAAGAUAACAAAGUUGUGUGUUACAUCCACAAUUUGCAAGUCGAAAGUGUUUUGCGCGGAAUGGUGUCUUCCGGCUUUGAAUUUGGGUGGAACAAACUUGUUGAGAACAACGACGUGUUGAAGUAUGCAGAUCGAAAGAUGGUCGAAUUUGAAAAUGCGAUGCGCAAUUUACACGUCGACGAAGCUAAGCGACUUCUUCUUGAAAUGCGCGAGGAUCAAAUUCCAGAGAUCAUUCAAAUGGUAGAAAAAUAUUACGACUCGGGGGUUGAGAAGAAAAUGUAUUAUCGAGAUCUCUCGAUGAUUUCCGAGAUUGGGCUGCAAUGUGUUGUGAAAUACAUUCAUAACAAGAGCCCGGAAUUCAUUUCGAAAACUUCAGCGAUGCAAAGGAAGUAUGUUGAAGCCAUACUAUUGCAAGAGGAUAUGGUGAUGAAGCUCGAGAACGUCAAAAUGGUUCAACAAGAGAAUUUGAGGAAAUCGGGGAACUUUGGGAAGGUGAUUGAAAGAGGGUGGCUUGGUCUAGUCGAGUCAUUGAAGAAUGGGAACUUUGCGGAUAUAAUGAAGAAGUAUGGGAUGAGUCGUGAAGAAGUGAAAGAGUAUGGAAUGAAGUUUGUGUAUCAGCUUAUAUUAGCGAAUGAUGUUCGUGCGGCGAUCCAUCUUCUCAUUCGACUUGGAUAUAAAGAUGUUGUGAGUGUCUUGAAAGAAGUUUUUAAUAAAACGAAUUGUUGUGAUGUUCGCAAAGAGCUUAAAAAGAUGUUAGAAAUUGAUUUUGAAAUAACAGAAGAUAAGAAGAAGUACUUCUCGGCGUGUCGAGAAGAAAAGAAUGAAACAGUUUACUUCAUCUGUAUGAAAAACAAUGUGAGGGGAGAGGAGCCUAUCUAUGGGGAUAUGUCAUCAGACACAAUGCAGAAAUAUGGGAUUUCGUAUAACCAGAAAAUGGCAGAGAACAUUGCUUCGAUUGAUAAAGUCGAUAACAUCAAAGGAAAUAAACUCAGUCUUUCCAUUGACACUUUUACAUCAACAGAAGAUGUCGAACGGUGUAAAUUACUUCAAGAAGAAGGUGUUUCUGUGGAUGGUGUGAAUAGUUUGGAGUAUUUACUCAUUCAUGGAGACAAAGAAGGAAUCAUUAAUUACAUCGAACGGUGCCAAACGGUUAGUAACAAAGAAGCUGUGUAUUACAAUCGUUUUAAAUGUCCCAAAAGUGUCGAACAUUUGAUUAAAGUCUACUUCAUGAAUAACCCAACGGAAAAUAUAUUAAAAGAAGCAGAACAAAUGGGCCUUUCACAUGAAUUAACUCGACUUGAAAUCAUAGGAGGUGUCGAAUCGGAAAUCACUCCACGACUUCUCGAACUAGUCCAACUUGUUAUCUAUCUUCCUAUUUUCGAUUUAAUAAUGUCAAAACUGACAGUCGACCCUCCACAGAAUUGGAUGAAACAGAUGUUAAAAAUUGAUACGUGGGACGACGAACUGGAGAUCAAAGCCGUUGAGAGUAAAAUUCCAAUACAAAUGGAAGAAGUCGAGACGUGUGAAAUGAAGGAACUCUAUGAAGCUUUAAUGAAGACGACAUAUGCUCCAAUGAGUGAUAAGAUGCCAUUCCCAGUGAAAGAAAUACCACAAUACACACUUUCACCGUAUGACAUGUUAUCUGAUGGUCGUGUUAUAUCAAUGUUACAAUGGGACUACACAUUCACAACGGAAGAACUCAUGAGAAUGGACUCCAACAAAGAGAUGCUCGCUGCGUUUGUUAUGGAACUUAAAGGAAACACGUUCACACGUGUCAACUUGAUUCUUAAAGAUGUCUUAAGCGACGACCCGGACUUUGCUAUGGUGUCGUACGACUCUUUGGACGAAAGUGAAUAUAAGCACGAGGCUCUGUGUAGUCUGGAGAGAAAAGCUGUCCCAUUCAACUCGGCGUCUCAUUUGCGAAAUUUCUUAGGAAACAAAUGGGGAGAGGGGGUGUCACUCAGACAGCUUGACUUAAUUAGUGAGAGUGAGAAUUUGAUAGGACUCUUCGAAUUUGGCGACCAACACGGAUACUCUAUUGGACAAGUCGACAAGUCCAUUCGGGACAAUUGGCCGGAGACUCCAAUUAAGAGUCACAUCAUCUCAAUCGACAGUGAAAUAAAUGACAAGAAGAGUCUUGGAGUUGUUAUCGAAGGGUUUUCAAAUGAGACGGAGAGUGGCGUGAAUUACAUGAAUUGGGUAUUCAUAGACAAAAGCGACUCGGAACAAUCUCUUUUGAGAUAUUUAGAGAGCAUUAUUGCUGGGAAAACACUUAAAAGUGCUGGACAAUACACAAAUUUAGAGAGAAGCUCAAUUGAAGGCAAUUUACUUAAAGCAAUUGCAACUCUCCUUUCAGACAAUUUCUCGUGUGAGAAUGUCAUCCAAGGACUCUAUUUCUUCGAUCCAACUAAUCCACUCAUUCCAUUCAUGAAAAUAUUAAAAGGUGUUUCUGUCGCGUUGUUUGGACAAAUGAACGAUUUAAGACGAGAUUUUGAGAACGCGUUUAAGAGGACUUGGGGUAUUGGGUCCGACGAAUUUUUAGUUCAAGUGAUGUUAAGUUCUGUUGAACAAUUUUGUGAGUCAUUCAGCAAAUUGAGUGAUAGUGUGAUGCGACUCGUUAAAGAGCUUGAGCAGAUUGCGAACUUACCUGCAGUUGUGAAGAGAUGUCUCCAGAACAAAAAGGCGAUUAUAGAAGUCAUUGAAAAACACAAUUUAUCAAACAAACUGACGUGUUUGAGUAAGAAUGAGGAAGUGGUAAAUCUAUUAAUAGAGACCGGCUCAUAUGUCGAUGCACACGAUUUUGCUAUGAAAUUUGUACCGGACAAUAUGUUUCUUCCUGUCAUUGCUGAGAUAUCGAUGGAGCUUAAGAAGCGCAAUUGGAGUGAAGAUGAGAAGUGGGAAAAGAUCGACCAAAUUGUUCAAAAGCGUCAGAGUCGCCCGAUAGAUGCUGGCGAGUAUUACUACAAAGAAGCCGUCAAAUUACAUGAUAAAGAAGACUAUGAAACCAAUUACCAAACCAUUGCGAAUAGAGUACUCACUGUAUUACAAUUGAGCAAAGACUGGUUCACAAAAAUGGUAGAAAAGGACGCGAUGGAAGGACUUAAAAAAGUUGAGAAGAUGCGGCACAUCUACGAAGAGAGUAAGAUGCGGAAUAUAGCUGCUGUGUCUAUAGAGAAGCCAAAAGAGUCAUCUGUGUAUUAUUUGACGAACAGAGGGGAUUACACUCCAGCGAUGUUAAUGAAUGAAAAACUGAAUUGUCCUGAGAUGAGGGUUUUCAAACAAGUCUAUGAGUUUGUUGUGAAUGAAAACAAUUACUCGAUGACGUUGACGGAGGGUUUGGAACACUUAGAUGUCUUAGUCAAAGGGGCACUUAAAAUCGCGCGAGGCCUUGAAUUAAUGAAAAUGCGGUAUACUGUGAUCCAUAAGUAUUACGAAGAGAAGUUGACUAUUUUAGCCCUUCUUCGAGAUUCAUCUGCUUUUGCUUCAAAACGACUUGACGUGUUAUCGGCCAUAUGUGGUGUACAAACGCUCAAGAAGUAUUCAAUUAAAUUAACGCAUUGGCCUGUCAUCUUUGAAGAAGCCAAGAAAUUCAUAGAGUGGGAGGGCUUGACGGAUGAAGAGAUCGUACCACUCAUGUGUAAAAUAUAUAUAGAUGUUGCCGAAGAUGUGAAACCAAUUAGUAUCAAUGGGUAUCCAUCAAACAUCAUAAAAUCAUUCUUAGGACUUCUUAAAGACCCAACACGCAUAGUUGAACUUCUAUUGAGUCAUUGUGAAUUGUCGAACGAUUACUUUGUUGUGAUGGAGUGUUUUGCGUGCUGUUACUUUGCGGGUGAGAUGACGACGCACUCAGAAGUCGUCAAAACGACGAUUGAAACGAUAUACAAAGUGAUUGAUCAACUUCUUCUUCCACAAAACAUUUCGUCACUCCUUCGAUUUGCAGUGAAGACAAAGACUCUGCCCGAGUUUGUGAUUAAACAAGACGAAGAGUGUGUCAGUCUACCAAAGAUGUUACUUCAAAGAGUUUUUAAUAACAACAUUGACCAUCAACAAGUCAUCCCAUCCAUCGAAGAGAAGUCAUGUUUUGAGAAUUUGAUAUAUUAUAUAUCCGACUUGAAUGAAGUCCAAAAAACUCCCAACUUGGACUUCCAUUCAAAUUACGAAGAGGUUUUCUCUGAUUGUUACACUGUGCUUAACACAUCGAUGGAGGGGGGAAUGUUUUACUUUGAAAAGGCAAAGAAAGUAGUGACGGAGUUCAUCAAUGAAAUGACAAAUGUGACUAAGACGACACCUCCAAUAUAUAUGUGGUAUGCACAGUUCGUAGAGGCUUUAAAAGGGUUUGCACGAGCAAUUGGUUUCUUUAGAAACCAAGAGGAAUAUUACUGGGCAAAUCAAUGUGUCAAUUACAUCGGAAUUUUGUCGCUGCAGAUCUACUUCGACAACGUCCAAUUGAUCGGCUUGACUCAAGACAAAGCACAACACCAACUCGUGUAUUUCUCUUCUUUCGACGACGCUUACAUGUUCGCCACUUUCUAUAAUUUGUUCGAACCACUGAAAUGGUCAAAAGCACUGUACCAUCAAUGCAUCACAUCGAACAACUUAACUUAUUUGAACGCUUGGCUCAACGCCUUUACCUUAGAUAAACCCACUCUCACUGACAUUUUGGAACAACGUGAACGUGACGAGAAGAGCUCACCAAAACGUAAAGAUGUACAACAAUGGGACGUCUUUCUUUCAAAAAUUCGUUCAGUCAGCCCUUCUUUACUUUACUUCUGUCAGUCUCGUCCUCUGACCAAAACACUCACCUCAGAGCUCAAAAUCGCAAUUAAUGCUGCAUUUAAACGCUCAAAAAAGUAA